AUGGACUCACAAAGUUCAUCCAACCCUGAUAAUCCUCCUAGGAUCAAGCGGCGAAACGGAGGAGCGAAGUCAAGAAAUGGAUGCUCCAAGUGCAAAGCUAGACGCAUCAAAUGCGAUGAGAAACGGCCCAAUUGCGAGAACUGUGCCAAGUUCGUAUGUGCGUGCCCUGGAUAUACGCAGAAACUACGAUGGUCGCACAAGCACCAGCGGGCUGAGACGUUAAUAUCUCAAGAGACGAUUUCUGGAAGAGAUGACCAACCGCAAGAGCCACCACCUGUAAUUCAAGCAGAAGAUUUCAGUAUCCAAGCCGGGCCAACAGAUCAUCAAUAUGUGUUAGAUACUUUGCAAGAUGGACCCAUUAUCCUGGAUGACGACUGCGACUUUACCUGGCUAACCGAGGCUUCGCCAACUUGGCAAGCCACAGGCCUUGAUAUUGGGGUCGGCCAUUUUGGCGAGCCUCUACAGAACCCUUUCAACUUGUUGCAAAGGCCUGAAAUGCCGGAUUCACGGCAUGACCUGAUAUCAAUGUCCAAUCCCCGCAUUAUACAAGCGCCUGUUCACAUAUCAACAACACUAAUCGAGUACUGGUUUCGAUAUAUCUGUCCAGUGCGCUCCACGUUCGAUUCCGAGGUAAACAAUAAUCGCUCAUUGGCUCGAAACUCAUGGGCUACAUCUGAGGCCGUCUUCUAUACGAUGCAAGUCAUGUCGGCUGUGUGUCUUGUAGACACUAUGCCCCAUCUGAGGCAAACCCUACCGUCACUGAGAGAACAAUCUACUCUCGCUAUUACCCAGGGAAUUUCUCGAGUGCGAAACCUAGGACUAGCUCGAGUCACAGCUGAUUUGGUCUUUGCUGUAUUGGCAAUGGGAACUUCAUCCCAUUGGGUCACUCCUGGAAAUUCGGACUAUCCGUGGCUGGAAUCAGCUAGAGAAUUGCUUUCUAUGUGGAGUGUUGGGAUCUCGACGGCGGAUGCUCUGCUACAUGCCUAUUUCUGUCAAGCUUUGACCUACUGGGAGAUGCUUCUCGCAUUGGUGGACCGUGGCUCAAACCCCUCAAACGUCGAGAAAAGACGACGGAAGUACCAGGACAGACUUCGUCGGGCCAUGUUACCAGAAGCUGAUACGUUUGACGCAACAUCAUAUGAGCAUUCAUCGCUCAGUCAAAGUAUCAAGCCACUGGGAACGCUUCCAAACUCUUGGUGUGGCAUAUCGAACGAGGUCGUUGAGAUUUUCGGCCAGGUAUUGGCUCUCUGUCGAAGCGCGUGCGAUUACAACCAAGAUCAGGCAACUAUUGGUCGUGACAUAGCAAGUAAGGCCCUUUGCGAUAUAGCAGUCGCGUACGAGCUUGAGAAAGAGCUUUUAAGUAUGGACUUUGACACUAUCGUGCUUCUGGAAGAGCUGCAAGGCUUUCAUGUCGAUACACGGGAUGAUAACACCCCUGUCUCUCAUCUGCUAGAGACAGCCGAGGCUUAUCGCAAAGCUGGGUUGCUGCAGUUGUACCUAACCUUUGAUGAUCUUGUCGUCAACACAAGCGGUGGACAAAAUGCGUCAACCGGUACCGAUAGCGCAGUGGAUGAAGCAUCUCGAGCAAAAUCUCUCGUUGACUUGACUCUGCAGCUCGUGGCUACACUUGAAAGGAUUCCAGCUCAAUCAGGUUCAAAGUUUAUUCACCCUAUGUUAUAUGUUACUGCGGCCGUGGGUCUGAAGUUCCACAGGUACCCCGAUUUUCACUGUCCAAGAACACCAGAGGGAGUCAACAAUGACCCAUCUGAUGUCUUCAUUUCACAACUGGAAUGGAAUUUAUUUGAUCUUACGCCAGAAACAUGCUUGCCAGGAAGCUCAGAUACGAUGACCGCGUUUAUUCCGCAGUCUGUCCUCAAGGUUGCCGAAGCGAGACGUCUCGUUUUAUCAAGGCUCGACAUAAUUAGACAAGCUUUGCCGUAUAAAGCGAGCGAUAGCUUUUCGCGGCUUGUUAAAACUAUAUGGUCAGAAUAUGAUAAGGCACAAUCGGAUGCAUCAGCGAAGCAUUGGUUUAAGGCCUUGAGCCAGAUAGGGUUGGAUAUGCCUUUAUAA